AUGGGCUUGAUAAGAAAGGUUGUAAUAGCUCUAACAAUCCUAACAGCAUUGUUAGGACUAAUCCUCUACUCGAUCUGGCUGUGGCUAGGAUACGAACACAUCCCAAACAGAGUGUCCAAUGUUGAAUCACUGAAGGAUGCUUCUUUUGAUUUCAUAAUCGUGGGAGCCGGAACAGCUGGAUGCGUUCUGGCCAAUCGACUAUCGGCUGAUCCCAAUAAUUCCGUACUUCUGAUUGAGGCCGGAGACGUAUUCGGGCCAGCUUCCAUAGUUCCACUGCUUAGUACGACUAUACAGCAAACUCGGUUCGAUUGGGCGUUUCGAACAACACCGCAAAAGUAUUCCUCUCGUGGACUAAUCAAUAAUCAACAAUUCCUACCGCGUGGCCGAGGAUUAGGUGGAUCGGGACAAAUCAACUACAUGUUGCACUUUACCGGGAUUAAGGAUGAUUUCGACCGAUGGGAGCGCCUUGGUGCGCAUGAUUGGAAUUUUGAACGGAUGAAGCCCUAUUUGGACCGGCUCGAGCGCGGAACGGAUGGCGUUGAGGAAGCGAGUGAAGGUCACUGUCAACCCGAGCUGGAAGAUGAUGAAAUGUUUGAGACCACCGACGAGCAACCUCUACUCAACAUGUGUUCUUCGCAACCAUCGACAACAAGCACAGAUAUGAAGCAUUCAAUACAACCCCCAAGUUGGCACAUCAAUCCCGUCGAUGCCGACGAGAAUCUUCUGGCAAAAGCAUUCCAAGACGCCUCUUCCGAGUUGGGAUCCAGCCACGAUUUCCGCGCUGCACGGUAUAACAUCCGUAACGGAAUUCGCUGGAGUAGUUAUCAUGGCUAUCUCAGACCGGCCUUCGGGCGCAGCAAUCUGCAAGUGCUGACGAAUUCGGUCGUUCAGAGAGUGAUUUUCAAUAAUCAAAACCGUGCCCAGGCUGUGAUAGUUCAGCAAACGAACGCAGAAAACUUUCUGACUAUCAGGGCUAGACAGGAGGUUAUUUUAAGCGCCGGAGCGUUUCAGACCCCCCAGCUUUUGAAGCUAUCCGGGAUAGGUCCAGCCAUUGAGUUGAAGCGACAUGGAAUUCCCAUAGUCCACGAUUCACCAAAUGUCGGGCAAAACUACUUUGAUCAUCUGAACAUGCCGCUGUUUGUGUCAAUCAAUACUACAGCCAGUGUCACCGUGGACAAGAUCCUGAACGUUCUUAACCUAUGGAACUACCUGAGCGAGGGAACUGGUAUAUUUUCAACGACAGCAGUAGCAGGGAUUGGUAGUCCUCGUUUGAGUAAAUACGGAAUCAUUCUCUUUGGCAUGGGUAGCGUGGACGAGAAAGCGUUAAGGCAUGUCUCCAACCUGAAACAGGAUGCAUUCCGAGCCCAUUUUCCACUUUACCACAAUAGUAGUCAGGAAGGAUUUCUCUUUCUGAACACGUGUCACCAGCCAAAAAGUCGAGGGGCCAUUUAUCUGCGUGAUCGCCAUGCAGAUACCCAUCCCUUCAUCAAUCCGAACUAUUUGAAGGAUAAGUUCGACAUAGAGUGUAUGUCUGCGGCUAUUCGGUUAGCUGCGCGGACCGUCGAAACUGCCCCGUUCCGUCGAAUGGGCGCAGUGAUUCACUGGCCAAAGGCGAAGAGUUGCUCCAACUUUGGACCAUUCGUAGAAGACUUCCGAACUAAUAAGCCAAGUGAUCGCUAUUUGGAGUGCAUUUUGCGUGAAUCUGCGUUGACAGGUCAUCACCCCGGUGGAACGACCGCAAUCGGACUUCACUCGGAGGCAGUGGUGGAUAAUCAAUUAAGGGUUAAUGGCGUUAGCGGUCUACGAGUGGUCGAUGCUGGGGUGUUCCCGGCGCCAGUGUCCGGAACACCAAACUCUGUAGUGAUUGCAGUUGCAGAAAAAGCAGCAGAUGCUAUUCUUAUUGCCGGCAGGUAG